AACCUAUUUGUAAAAGUUAAUCCACAAGUACUAACUUCGUGUUUAAUCAAAACCCGAAGUAAAAUGUCCGAUCCUGUGCUUAUUCGACAUUUGAAAGGCCACCGAGGCAAAGUAACCGGUAUUGCGUUUCACCCGGAAGGAAAUCGUUUUGUAACAAGUUCAGUUGACAGUACAGCUAUUGUAUGGAAUAUGAAUGAACAAAUCCGUUGUAUGCGUUUUGCGGCCCAUACGGAUGUAAUUAAUGAUGUCGCUUGGUCCCCGGAUGGACGUAUUGUUGCUUCUGCUUCCAAGGACCGAACCAUCAAAAUCUGGGUACCGUCACUGAUGGGCAAUUGUGAUGAAUUUCGUGCACACACUUCCAACAUACGGUCGGUAGACUUUGAUUCAAAGGGCAAAAAGCUGAUCACCGCUUCCGACGACAAAACAGUAAAACUGUGGCGCGUAUCACGCAAACAUUUCGUGUCCUCAUUUACAGGGCACACAAAUUGGGUGCGGUGUGCACGAUUUUCCCCUGAUAAUAAAUUAAUUGCUUCUUGUGGGGAUGAUAAAACGCUAAAGUUAUUCGAUCCGGCCUCCGGCAAUUGUAUCCACACUUUCGUCGAUCAGAAAGGAGCCGGAAAUAAAGUAGCAUGGCAUCCGGAUGGAUCACUGGUAGCAAUUGCCCUGGAUAAUGCUCGGGUAAAGAUUUUUGACAUAAAAAUUCGGAAACUGAUCCAGUACUACCGGAUAUUUGAUGGACCUGUGAAUUCAUUGGACUUCCAUUCUUCGGGAACAUAUUUGAUCACUGGAAGUGACGACGGAGCUGUAAAAAUAAUUGAUUUGCUGGAAGGUCGGCAUAUCUACACUCUUACAGGACAUACAGGACCAGUGACCGCUGUAAAAUUCGCUAAAGAUGGUCACACAUUUGCUACCGGAAGUGACGAUAGACAUAUCAUGCUUUGGAGGGCUAAUUUUACUGGGGAAUCCUCGGAUAACUCUUUAUAUACAUCUGAGAGCAGCGACGUUCAGCAAGAACAAACGCAGAAACACUGUAGACAGUCGGUUCCAUAUUGCAAGAAACUCAGUUACGACGAUUAUCGUGAAACUGAUGACGAUGACGAACUACAAUUUGGCAACAAAGAGAAUUAUCCAGACACGAGCGUUCUGGUAGAUGCUCGCAAAACAGAAAAUUUCCAGCUCACAGAUGCCGUGGAGGAAAUUGUAAUAAGACUAAGCAGCGCACCUCAUCAACGUUGCUUGUCGGAAUCCUGUAUAAAACCCGACGAAUGGAUUGGAAGCAAUAAUUUUGAGAAGCAUGUCCUCUGUAAGCUGGGAGUAAUUGAAAUGGCCAUGCUGAGUCUUGAGCGAAGGGUAUCAAUGAUUGAAGAUGUUGUACUGAAUCGAAGUUAGGACAAAACAUUACAUUUUCAAGCCAAUUUUGUACAUACUUUCAUGUUAACCAUCCGAACUGCUUUUAUCUACAUAUUUGAGACACUGAUUAGUUUACGGCUUUAUUUAAUUAAUGAAUUAAAAACGUGUACUAUUACAAAUAGUUAUGCUUAUUUACCUUAUGCUAGAA